AUGGCAGUGACAUUUGUAGCACUCUACGGUAUGCUGGAGGAGACUCCCUUGGGCAGAUGUCUCAGGUAUCACCUGGGAUCCUUGGCCUUUGGUUCACUGCUGAUUGCUAUUGUGCAGCUAAUCCGUGUGUUCCUGGAGUAUCUGGAUUCUAAACUGAAAGCCAGCGAGAACCCUGUAGCAAAGUUCUUCUUAAAGUGCCUCAAAUGCUGCUUUUGGUGCCUGGAAAAGUUUCUCAAGUUUAUUAACAAGAAUGCCUACAUCAUGAUUGCUAUUUAUGGCAAGAACUUUUGCAAGUCUGCCAUGCAUGCCUUUAGUUUGAUCCUCCGUAAUGUGGUGCGGGUGGUGGUGGUCGAUAAGGUCACAGACUUUGUUUUGUUUGUCAGCCAGCUGGUCAUCAUGGGAGCUGUUGGUGUUGGAACAUAUUUCUUCUUUGAUGGAGGGAUAUCCUUCCUGGCAGCUUACAAACCAGUCCUUAACUUCUACCUGGUUCCCAUCAUAAUUGUUAUUAUUGGGUCCUACAUCAUUACCAGCAACUUCUUCAACGUCUACAGCAUGGCCGUGGACACCUUGUUCUUGUGUUUCUUGGAGGACUUGGAGCGUAACGAUGGCUCUGUAGAGAAACCCUACUUCAUGAGCAAAGGACUGAUGAGCAUACUUGGGAAGAAGAACAAAAAACCAGGCAGAGAGGAUUGAUCUUCAAAGAUGAAGUCAUGUCCAGUUCAAGUUCAUAUCAGGUGUUUUUAAUUGUUGUUUUUGCUUUAUCCAUUUGACAAUCACAGUCAAUUCCUUGAAUCUUUCCAGAGAAAUAUGUGACUACAAUAUGUUAUCAAGAGUCCUUAUUAAUCUAUUAACCUGAUGCCAGAGCAAACUUCUAUGAACAGCUUUGAUCAACUUUGUUAGCAGCAGGUUUCAAAAGUGAAGAUCAUCCUGCUUACAUCAGUUCUCAUGGAAGUUUCAAAGUUGAAAUUUUUAUUUUAUUUUUUUUUAAAUGUGGAAUAAACAUUGUCCAGUUUAUGUCAGCUCUCAUGGUACUUUUGAAGUUGAAAUUUUUAUCUGCUUGUUUUUAGUGUUAAAUUUGUGAUUCAUCUACUUUUUUAAAUUUUAUCACCUGUACUCUUUCUUUGUGGUGAGAAAGAGACAAAUUUGUCUAUGCUUUUGUAAUUAUCAUAAAAUUACAUAUGAUAAGGAUAUCCUAAUGAAUAGAUUACAAGGUACUUACCUGUAAGUUAUUUUUUCAUAGACUGCACUAUGCUUCUCUUUGAAGACUUGUUAGCAGUCUUUAUUACAUUUCCACUAAAGCCUUGUCAGCAAAUCAUAUGCAAGCUCUCUGAUGAUUCAGGCCAUUCUUUUGACAAUAUCAUCAGCGCAAUUUUAUCACUGUGUUCACAAGAUGCAUUUUUAAUAAUUAUGGAUAAGUCAUCAAUAGCUUUUGACUGAGAAUUGAAGGACAUUAGCCCUAGACCAAUCUUGUCUGGCCAUUGAUUUUAAAAUCAAACUAUUCUUUUUAAGAAAUGCAUGUGUGAUUGUUAACCUCUAUUUUCUUUUAGCCAUUAUUGCAAUCACAACUGUGAUUCUUAAUCUGAUAUAAAUUCUUGUAAAAGUGAGUCUUAUAUACGAGAAAAUGUUGUACAUAAUGUGGAUGAUUUAAAGAAAAGGAUCAGUUUAUCUUUUUCUGUUAUGUAUUUUUGAUGGGAUCUUAAUUAUUUGUCCAGAUAACUAUUUUUGGUACUUGCAAAGGGCUUUCACACUUUGUUGUUCAUCUUACCUUCGAAACUGUUACAGUAUUUUACAAUGCAAAUGUAGAUUUUAUGUGUGUGUGUUUGUACAUGAGUACAUUUAAUAAAAUGCUCUCCAAUCAAGAUUUAAAUGACAACUUGACAAUGCAUUAAUCAACCACAGUAUAAUGAUUUCAGAAAAUAUUCAGAUACCUUGAAGCUUUCCUGUAGACAUUAUUCUUGCAAGAUUUCAUAAUCUGUCCUUAGUAGAGUUAGCAGUUUCAUGAGUAGAUAAACUCAUUUGGACUGCACAAAAGUAGGGAUGUGGAAGAUUUUUAUCCUAUUCAUCUGUAUUUGCAAAAUGAAAAAGUAUUUUAAGACAGACCAUCACUGAUGAGCAGAGAAAGGUUAGGACAACUUAUGUCCAGGUGGCAUGUUUAUGACCCUAUCUCCAUUUCAGGGCAUACGUUUCAGUAUAUAUUACCUUAUGAAAUCUUAGUCCUUUGCCUUUUGAGAUUUGUGCUUGCAAAUAGUGAUGACCUGCAUAGUGAAUUACAUGAUAAUGGUUCUUGUCCUCUCUAUUUGGACAAGUGGACAGGCGAGUGGUUAGAGCGCUGGCACCCUAACUGAGAGGCAUGUUUCUUCAAUACCCAUUUAGCACAGAAAACUUCCCCCAGCCACUCCCGCUGGCGGGAAUGGGUACCUGACUCCCAGAGGGUUGGGGAAGGUGAGGCAAUGAGCCCCCACUUACAUAAAGCUGGCCUUGAGAAAAGAGAGACAUAUCUAACACUCCCAACAACCUCCAUGUUAUCUUCCCAAAGCUUUGUCUAUGAAGGACUGCAUGACAAACAUAACUGUCCAAAUAUCAUCAUGUAAAUCUCAAAAUCAGUAAAAUGUGAUUAACAUUGCUUGAUCAAACAUUAAUCACUAUAUUAAGGAUGACGAGACUGGUUUUUAAUAGAAUACAUUUUUAUCUCUUCAUUCCCUCUUAGAAGUUCUACCAGAAUUUGAAUUUGAUCAUCACUAUGUGUACAAAAUGAAAUAUUUACUUGUUUACAUCUUGCAGACCAUUGUUAAAAUUGUUGCCAGGAUAAUACAGUUGACCUUUACAAUUUUUUUAUGGGUUUAAAUGACAUCACCAUCUAGAAAAAGUUAUACUGGCUAAUUAAUAAUUUUCAAGCUUUAACAGGAAAUAAAAAUUUACUCAUGAUGGGGACCAUCCUUAUAUUCGACACCUCCUAACCUUUUUACACUUUUUUGUUUGCCUUGUGGACUAGCAUUCAGGCUCUUUGCAUUUGAAUCAUUUUGCCAUUUCUUUUAAAUGAGUAAUCUGAAGCUUUUAUUUUAGCAGGUGAUAUUUAUAAACUGCUCUUUUUUUUUUUGCUUUCCAAGAUUUUUUCAAAAUCAAGAUUGUUGAAAUGGUCUUUUGAUGCAGAUGACAGCUUAUUAAUAAAACUGUUAAGAUGUAUUUUGAACAAAGGGAGAACCAUGAAGAAAGAAAGGCAUACUUAUGUUGUUUCUGAUCCAAAAAUUUUAGUGCCUUCCUUCAGCACCAUUGUUACGUACAACUUUAAAAGUAUUUUAUGUCACUGUGGUCCGUUUUGAUGACAAUACUGAAUGCUGAAAAAUAAAUUUACUACUUAUCUAUAAA